GCGAGUCACGUGACUGGGUUGCUUCAAGAUGGCGGCUGUCAAGGCGAGUGCAGAGCUAACAGGUGAGCAGGAUUGUAUUCUUGAGCCGCUGUGCUUUCCUGAGCACCUGACUCCUAAUGUUACCGUCUCCUCCAUGGAUGGCAGUUGUCCGGUGUGCUGUGUGCUGUGCUCACACACAGCUCCUCUCUCGGAUAAAGACCGGCUCCUGAAGCACCUGCUGCUGGAGCACAAACUUGUCAUCGCUGACAUCAAGCUCGUGGCUGACUUCCCAAAGUACAUGCUUUACUGGAAGAAAAGGUUUACAGAGCAGCCCAUUACAGACUUUUGCAGCGUCAUCAAGACCAACUCUGACGGACCUGCUGAGCUGCAGGAGUUCUACUUCCUCCUGUGUGACAUUCUGCCCGAGGACCGUAUCCUUCGAGAGGAGCUCCAGCAGAAACGAUUGGAGGAGGUUCUUGAACAGCAGCAGAAGGAACGAGACGAUACCAGCUUUCAGCGCAGCUGCAUGUUUUGUAAUGAAGACUUUACAGGAAACAGGUCUGUGCUGCUCAAUCACAUGGCCAGAGAGCACUCCUUCAGCAUCGGCCUGCCCGACAACAUCGUCUACUGCUCACAGUUCCUCGAUACACUGGAGAACAAACUGGACAAUAUGCAGUGUCUGUACUGUGAGAAAAUCUUUAGAGACAAGACGACCCUGAAGGAUCACAUGAGAAAGAAGCAACACAGACGCAUCAACGCCAACAAUCACGACUAUGAUCGCUUCUACGUCAUCAAUUAUUUGGAGCUGGGGAAAACCUGGGAAGAAGUGCAGUCUGAGGACGACAGGGAGCUGCAGGAAGAUGAAGACGAUGACUGGUCCGAUUGGCAGGCUCACCCAGUGUCUGCUGUGUGUCUGUUCUGUGAGCGGCAGGAAGAAACCAUGGACAUGAUCUACACCCACAUGCAGGAAGCUCAUCAAUUUGAUCUCCAUAAAUUAAAAGCAGAUCUCAACUUAAAGUUCUACCAGCAAGUCAAACUCGUAAACUACAUCCGGCGUGAGCUUCACCAGUGCCGCUGCCAUGGCUGCCAGAGGAAGUUCGAAACCAAAGAGGAAGUGGUGCAGCACCUGCAGGACGCUGGUCACGUGAUGCAGCUUCCAGACAGCACACACUGGGACCAACCACAGUACUACUUCCCGACAUACGAGAACGACGCUCUCCUCACCGCUCUGUCCGACAGCGAGAGCGAGUCUGAAGGAGCGGACCAGAGCUCAGACGUCCCUGUGUUCUCAGAGGACAUCUCCAACUUGAAGGCCUUAAAACAGAACAGUGUGCUGAACAAACUCCUCAAGAAUGGAGGCAGCAAUACAAACUGAAAUCUCUCCAGUACACAUGAACAUUAGUGCUGUUUUGCACUGGAUGCAAACGCUUACUGUCUUAAGUACAGUGUCUCCUUCACCGCAGAAAAUAUCUGCACAAUAGAAUAGCAGGCUCUAUUCCUGCAGCAGUAAACUGGGAAUAAUAGAGUGAUAGUUAUGUGUUUCAUUAAACACAGUUUAUCCUAGCAGAGAUGCCUUAAGGAGUAGAGCACUAUUGCGUUAAUCUAGGGUAGAAAAUCAUACUUGCACAGUUUCUCAUGCUGUACAUACUCGAUUAGUUUCAAAAGAAACACUAAUUUCUGCUAAGAUAAUGAAUGUAUACUCAAGUCUAAAUCUUGUCAUUCAUCAAUAUUUUUAUAUUGGAAGUGAAAUCAUAAUUAUUACGAGUAAUAAAGUAAAUAAAGUUAAUAUAGCAGAAUUUGAUGUGUGUUCUACGUUUGUCUUACGAGAGGCGUUCAAGUCGACAUGAUGCUUUAAUUGUGCAGAAUAACAGAACACAGUUAGGAGAGUAAAAACUCUUAUUUCGCUAUAUAAUCCCCUGAUACACUAAUGCACUUAUCCCAGUGUUUCUAAAGUGCUUGGAUACCAUCAAGGUACGCUUACUCAGUACGCUGGAGCCAAACCUAAGAAAAUUGAUUAUGUAAAGAAAUAUACA